GCCCAGCCGUGGCCAGGGUAGGAGGAAGGAGGACAAAAGGCGGGAGUCGCGACCGACCGCCACUGCGCUGGUUGCUGCAUCGCGGGACGUGUCUGGAAGAAGUUCUUUACUUCGCCUAAUUACUGCAUCCCAGCAUUAUGUCGUGCAGAAGCUGCAGCUGGUUUAUCUGCUUCUUUGUGGCGGUAGUCUUAGCUGCUGGCUCCAGUGACACAGAUUCCAUUACAGAAUCCGAUCCUGAAGUCACAGUCUACAGUUCAGAAAAUGACAAUCAAGAGCUGUCCACAGUGGAGCCGGCGUGCGAGCAGCUGGCGGCUGCGCAGCUGUCCGUUGAGACAGCGGCCGCCACCGCCGUGUCCGCCAUGCGGCACUCCUGCACCGGCCUCACGCGGGCCGCCGUCGCCUUCAUAAGCGCCCGUUUCCUCAGGGUGAUGGCCACGGAGGGCUGGGUUGACGCUGCACGCAGCUACCCGCGCACUUUUGUGGAGUUAGUUCGCCUGCUUGCAGAGGCUCAAGCAGACACCAGGUAA